AUGACCAUUCAUCUCAGUCUAGAGUAUGAGAGGCCGAGAGGGAGGGACGAGUACGAGCGGCACUCCCCCGCCCCCCGCGUGAGGGACUACUCCCCGUCACGCGGCCUCAAGGACGACUACCCCUCGCUAGACGACUACGAGGACUCCCAGGACCCGAGGAGGAGGCGGGACGAGGUGCGGGAAGACGAGGCCGACGAGGACGUAGGAAUUGAUUUUGACCUUCAGGAGUCCAGCACCAACCCCACCGCCCCCUCCUCCGUCAGGGUCCUGGACGAGUAUGGCGACAAUAGACUCCGGAACGACUAUGAUUACGACCAUUCGCGCCACAUGGACGACUAUCCCAUGCGCGACGAGUACCCGCACCACCCGCACCACCACCACGCCCUGCAGCGGGACCACAGUGACGCGGACGACUACAGGGAAGCCGAAGGAGACUAUGAAGGCUAUGGGCGUCACUACAGGGAGGUGAUUGAGCCAGCCUCGCCCACCCCGAGGAAUCCCCACCACUACCACCAACACCACCACCGCCACCAACACCACCACCUCGCCACCGAUGCUCGCCAAACUCGAGAGGUCCGUGUGAUCGCCCCCAGCCCCUACGCCCCCUGGGUCUCAGUCCAGGGGAGGCCGCUGAGGUACUGGUGA